UCGAAUACAUCUUUAUCGCAAAGCCAGCCAAUAAACAGCGAAAAAAGUAUUUUUGCCGCUUUAAAAUUGCAAAAAUAAGUUAAUCCGGCACUUAAAACGAUAACAACUAGCUAAACAAAUAUGGCGGAUGCCGCAGCACGUCAACUGCAGUACGAGUACAAAGCGAACUCGAAUCUUGUGCUGCAAGCUGAUGUACGUCUCAUCGAGCGUCCGCGUCGUGAUGAAGCCACUGGCGAGGUGUGCUCUCUGGUAGGCAAAUUGGAUGGCACUCGCAUGGGUGAUCGCUAUCAGCGUACAAAGCCGGAAAAAACGGAGGAGCGCAAAGUCAAGCGUCAAAAGCGUGAUGAGGCGCAGUACGAUUUUGAGCGCAUGAAGGGCGCCACAUUGCUAUCAGAGGGUAUUGAUGAAAUGGUGGGCAUUGUCUAUCGCCCAAAGACGCAGGAGACUCGUCAGACCUACGAGGUGCUAUUGAGUUUCAUACAGGAGGCACUGGGCGAUCAGCCACGCGACAUUUUAUGUGGCGCCGCAGAUGAAAUUUUGGCUGUGCUUAAGAAUGAGCGGCUUAAAGAUCGCGAUCGCAAGCGGGAGGUGGACAGUUUGCUAGGUGAAGUGACAGAUGAACGCUUUGCCCUGCUCGUGAAUCUUGGCAAGAAAAUCACCGACUUCGGCAGCGAUGCAGUGAAUGCUCUGGCGGCAGCUACCAAUAAUGAUGAGCAAAUUGAUGAUACUUACGGCAUCAAUGUACAGUUCGAGGAGUCUGAAGAGGAGAGUGACAACGAUAUGUAUGGCGAGAUACGUGACGACGAUGCACAGGAUGAGGGCGAAGAAGCGCGCAUUGAUCAUACACUGCACGCCGAAAAUCUCGCCAGCGAGGAGGCUGCAAGUAAUGUAAAGAAGGAUCGUUCGCUGCAUCCGUUGGACAUUGAUGCCUACUGGCUGCAGCGCUGCCUCAGCAAGUACUACAAGGACGCGAUGGUUUCCCAGAGCAAGGCUGCUGAUGUCCUCAAGAUACUAAAGGAUGCCGCCGAUGAACGCGACUGUGAGAAUCAGUUGGUGCUGCUGCUGGGCUACGAUUGCUUUGACUUCAUUAAGCAACUGAAAUUGAAUCGUCAGAUGAUACUCUACUGUACCAUGCUAGCGUCCGCACAAACAGAUAGCGAGAGGCAGCGCAUACGGGAAAAGAUGCGUGGCAACACCGCGCUGGCAAAAAUAUUGCGUCAGCUGGACACUGGUAAGGCUGAUGAGCAGGAGGAGGCGGAUGCGCGAGCCAACAAGCGUGGCAAGGGCGAUGCUGACGAUGGUGGAGCCGCUGCUGCUGGUCAAGUGCCUGGUGUUCGCCAACUGCUAGAACUGGAUGAGCUAGCCUUUACCCAGGGCUCGCAUUUCAUGGCCAACAAGCGUUGCCAGCUGCCCGACGGCAGUUAUCGCAAACAGCGCAAGGGAUACGAGGAGGUGCAUGUGCCCGCUCUCAAGCAAGUUCCCUUCGAGGCGGACGAGGAGCUGCAGCCGAUUGACAAACUGCCCAAGUAUGUUCAGCCAGUGUUCGAUGGCUUCAAGACCUUGAAUCGCAUUCAGAGCCGGCUCUACAAAGCUGCUUUGGACAGCGAUGAGAAUAUGCUGCUUUGUGCCCCUACUGGUGCAGGUAAAACGAAUGUCGCCUUACUCACAAUGAUGCGGGAGAUUGGCAAGCAUAUAAACGAGGAUGGAACCAUCAAUGCACAAGACUUCAAGAUCAUCUAUGUGGCACCCAUGAAAUCCCUGGUACAGGAAAUGGUAGGAAACUUCGGACGCCGUCUGGCCUGCUACAAUCUGACUGUGUCUGAGUUGACGGGCGAUCAUCAGCUAACGCGUGAGCAAAUUGCCGCAACACAGGUGAUUGUGUGCACACCCGAAAAGUGGGAUAUCAUCACACGCAAGGGUGGUGAGCGGACAUUUGUGAGUCUGGUGCGUUUGGUUAUCAUUGAUGAGAUCCAUUUGUUGCACGACGAGCGUGGACCGGUGCUUGAGGCGCUCGUGGCACGUACCAUACGCAACAUUGAGACCACUCAGGAGGAUGUGCGUCUGGUUGGUCUGUCUGCCACGCUGCCGAACUACCAGGACGUGGCCACAUUUCUGCGUGUGAAGCCCGACAAGGGUCUCUUCUAUUUCGACAACAGCUAUCGACCGGUGGCGCUGGAGCAACAGUAUAUUGGUGUGACCGAGAAGAAGGCAUUGAAGCGAUUCCAGGUCAUGAACGAGAUCGUGUAUGAAAAGACCAUGGAGCAUGCUGGUCGCAACCAGGUGCUAGUCUUUGUGCACUCCCGCAAAGAGACGGGCAAGACGGCGCGUGCAGUGCGCGACAUGUGCCUCGAGCAGGACACGUUGGGCAGUUUUCUGCGCGAGGGCUCGGCCAGCAUGGAAGUGCUGCGUACCGAGGCGGAGCAGGUGAAGAAUACAGAGCUAAAGGAAUUGCUGCCAUAUGGUUUUGCCAUACAUCAUGCUGGCAUGACGCGCGUGGAUCGUACGCUAGUUGAGGAUCUCUUUGCUGAUCGGCAUAUUCAGGUGCUGGUGUCGACGGCCACCUUGGCCUGGGGUGUGAAUUUGCCCGCCCACACGGUCAUCAUCAAGGGCACACAAGUGUACAAUCCGGAGAAGGGCCGCUGGGUGGAGCUGAGCGCCUUGGAUGUGCUGCAGAUGUUGGGACGUGCCGGUCGGCCCCAGUAUGACACCAAGGGCGAGGGCAUACUCAUUACGAACCACAGCGAGCUGCAGUUUUAUCUAUCGCUGCUCAAUCAGCAGCUGCCCAUUGAAUCGCAGUUCAUUUCCAAGUUGCCGGACAUGCUGAAUGCUGAGAUUGUGCUUGGCACCGUGCAACAUCUGCAGGAUGCAGUCAAUUGGCUGGGCUAUACAUACCUCUACAUACGUAUGCUUCGCAAUCCCACGUUGUAUGGCGUUUCGCAUGAUGCGAUCAAAGCAGAUCCGCUACUGGAGCAGCAUCGCGCGGAUUUGCUGCAUACGGCUGCCUGUAGUCUGGAACGCAGUGGCUUGAUCAAAUACGACCGAAAGACGGGCCACUUCCAGGUCACGGAUCUGGGCCGCAUUGCAUCUCACUAUUAUCUGACCCAUGAGACAAUGUUGACCUACAAUCAGUUGCUAAAGCAAACUCUGAGUGAAAUCGAGUUAUUCCGUGUGUUUUCUUUGUCGUCGGAGUUCAAGCACAUCUCUGUGCGCGAGGAGGAGAAACUGGAGCUGCAGAAGCUUAUGGAGCGAGUGCCCAUACCCAUCAAGGAAUCCAUUGAGGAGCACAGCGCCAAGGUGAAUGUGCUGCUGCAGGCGUACAUCUCUCAGCUGAAGCUAGAGGGUUUCGCCUUGAUGUCCGACAUGGUGUUCAUCACACAAUCGGCUGCACGUCUAAUGCGCGCCAUCUUUGAGAUUGUGCUGACGCGUGGCUGGGCGCAGUUGGCGGAUAAAACGCUGACACUGUGCAAGAUGAUUGAUCGUCGCAUGUGGCAGUCGAUGACGCCGUUGCGCCAAUUCAAGAAGAUGCCUGAUGAAAUCGCCAAGAAGCUGGAGAAGAAACACUUUCCUUGGCAGCGUCUGUACGAUCUGGAGCCGCAUGAGCUGGGCGAGCUGAUACGUGUGCCCAAGCUGGGCAAGACCAUACACAAAUUCGUGCAUCAGUUUCCCAAACUCGAGCUGUCUACGCAUAUCCAGCCCAUAACGCGAUCAACGCUGCGCGUGGAGCUGACAAUAACCCCCGAUUUUCAGUGGGAUGAAAAGGUGCACGGGCAAUCCGAAGGUUUCUGGGUGUUGAUUGAGGAUGUGGACUCGGAGCUGAUAUUGCAUCAUGAAUUCUUCUUGCUCAAACAGAAGUAUGCACAGGAUGAACAUCAGCUGAAGUUCUUUGUGCCAGUUUUUGAGCCUUUGCCCCCACAAUAUUUUCUACGCAUUGUCUCCGAUCGCUGGAUAGGAGCGGAAACACAGCUGCCCGUCUCCUUCCGGCAUCUCAUUUUGCCCGAGAAGAACAUGCCACCAACGGAACUGCUGGACUUGCAGCCGCUGCCCAUCAGCGCUUUGCGCCAGCCCAAGUUCGAGGCAUUCUAUUCGCAACGUUUCCCGCAGUUCAAUCCCAUACAGACGCAGGUCUUCAACGCGGUCUACAACAGCGAUGAGAAUGUCUUUGUGGGUGCUCCAACGGGAUCUGGCAAGAUGACCAUUGCUGAAUUUGCCAUCAUGCGCUUGUUUAGCCAGAGCAGCGAAGGACGUUGUGUCUAUCUGGUGUCCCAAGAGGCGUUGGCCGAUCUGGUCUUCGCCGACUGGCAUGCCAAGUUUGGCAGUCUGGAUAUCAAGGUGGUCAAACUGACUGGCGAAACGGGCACAGAUCUUAAGCUCAUUGCCAAGGGACAAUUGAUUAUAACCACCGCGGACAAGUGGGACGUGCUGUCGCGUCGCUGGAAGCAGCGUAAGAAUGUGCAGCAGAUCAAUCUGUUCAUUGUCGAUGAACUGCAGCUGGUGGGCGGCGAGGAGGGUCCCGUCAUGGAGAUCGUCUGCUCGCGCAUGCGUUAUAUCAGCUCCCAAAUUGAAAAGCAGAUUCGCAUCGUGGCCCUCUCCGCCUCGUUGACAGAUGCCCGCGAUGUGGCCCAGUGGCUCGGCUGCAAUCCCAAUGCCACGUUCAACUUUCAUCCGAGCGUUCGACCCAUACCUCUGGAGCUGCACAUACAGGGCUUCAAUGUCACUCACAAUGCCACACGCAUUGCAACCAUGUCCAAGCCCGUGUACAAUGCCAUACUCAAGUACAGCCCGCAUAAACCCGUAAUUGUAUUUGUAUCGUCGCGCAAACAGGCGCGCCUCACAGCCAUCGAUAUACUGACGUAUGCUGCCUCGGAUCUGCAGCCGAAUCGGUUCUUCCAUGCCGAGGAGGACGAUAUCCAGCCCUUCCUCGAGCGCAUGUCGGACAAAACGUUGAAGGAGACGCUGGCUCAGGGCGUUGCUUAUCUGCACGAGGGUUUGUCUGCCUCAGAUCAUCGCCUGGUCGAGCAGCUCUUUGAUUCGGGAGCUGUGCAGUUGGCUGUUGUCUCUCGGGAUCUCUGUUGGGGCAUGAGCAUCUCGGCACAUCUCGUUAUCGUCAUGGACACCCAGUUCUACAAUGGCAAAAAUCAUUCGUACGAGGACUAUCCCAUUACGGAUGUCCUCCAAAUGAUUGGACGCGCCAAUAGACCCAACGAGGAUGCGGAUGCUAAGUGCGUGCUGAUGUGUCAGAGUUCCAAGAAGGAUUUCUUCAAGAAAUUCAUCAACGAGCCGCUGCCGAUCGAAAGCCAUUUGGACCACCGUUUACACGAUCAUUUCAAUGCCGAGGUGGUCACCAAAACCAUUGAGAACAAACAGGAUGCCGUCGAUUAUCUAACCUGGACAUUCCUCUAUCGAAGAUUAACCCAGAAUCCCAACUAUUACAAUCUGCAAGGUGUGACACAUCGUCAUUUAUCCGAUCAUCUGUCGGAGCUUGUGGAGAACACGCUCAGCGAUCUGGAGCAAUCCAAGUGCAUAAGCGUUGAGGAUGACAUGGAUACGUUGCCAUUGAAUCUGGGCAUGAUUGCCGCCUACUACUACAUUAACUAUACAACUAUAGAGCUCUUCAGUUUGUCGCUUAACAGCAAGACCAAAGUACGAGGCCUGUUGGAGAUUAUUUCAUCGGCAGCGGAGUAUGAGGAUGUUGUAGUGCGGCACCACGAGGAACAGGUUCUGCGCACGCUCUCCCAGCGCUUGCCCAACAAGCUAACUGGACCCAAUGAAACAGCACCCAAAUUCAAUGAUCCUCACAUUAAGACCAACUUGUUGCUUCAAGCCCAUCUCUCGCGUCUGCAGCUGGGUCCAGAGCUUCAGGGCGACACGGAGCAAAUACUCAGUAAAGCAAUACGCCUGAUACAGGCCUGUGUGGAUGUGCUGAGCUCCAAUGGCUGGCUAUCGCCAGCUGUGGCUGCCAUGGAACUGGCUCAAAUGGUUACGCAGGCUAUGUGGAGCAAGGAUUCGUAUUUGCGGCAGCUGCCACACUUCAAUGCUGACAUCAUAAAACGCUGCACAGAAAAGAAAAUUGAAACUGUUUUCGACAUAAUGGAGCUGGAGGAUGAGGAUCGCACACGCCUGCUGCAGUUGUCCGAUGUGCAAAUGGCCGAUGUGGCACGCUUCUGCAAUCGUUAUCCCAAUAUUGAGCUCAACUACGAGGUGGUUGAUAAGGAUCGCAUCAAUUCUGGAUCCACAGUUAAUGUGGUGGUGCAGCUCGAGCGUGAGGAUGAGGUUACCGGCCCGGUUAUAGCGCCAUUCUUCCCGCAGAAGCGCGAGGAGGGCUGGUGGGUGGUUAUCGGGGAUCCAAAGACCAAUUCGCUGCUCUCCAUCAAACGGCUAACGCUGCAGCAAAAGGCCAAAGUCAAGCUGGACUUUGUGGCGCCCAGUCCAGGCAAGCACGAUUAUACGCUGUACUACAUGAGCGAUUCAUAUCUGGGAUGCGAUCAGGAGUACACAUUCUCCAUUGAAGUGGGCGAUUUCCAAUCGGAGAGUGAAAGCGAAUCCGACUAAGUUACGAUUAAGCCGAUAUCAUAAACAAACAAACAAUAAUAAAACUAAAGCUCAAACAUUUUAAUCAAA